UUAAGGUGGUCGAAUUUUAUUCCCCACCUGGGAUUUUGUCCCUUAGAAUCACUGGGGACAUUAGGGUUUGUCCUUUUUGUUUUACCUUUUCCUCCAUCCCUCCCUCCUUUCUCUUCAUCUCUUACGUCUUCUGUCCUUUCCUCUGUUCCCCUCCCACCACCAGGAGGACUCUGUGUGUGUGUCGUGGGGGGUGUUCUGCAGUGGGAACAGGGACAAUUCUCCAACUUUGGGCAGUCGAGAGCCUGGGUGAGAUAAGGGGCGUUAAAGCCCUUUGUAAAGGAGAAAGGGGAGUUUCACGGUGUUGAGCACCAAGGAAUUCUAAACUUUGCUAAAACAUCUAGUCUGCAGAAACCAGAAAUGGUUGGGGCCACAUUGUAACCAUUGUCUUUUUUAAAGCCCAUUGAGGGAUGUGAGUCCCACCCUUUUAGGUAUCUGGGGUGCUGGGAGAAGAGAAGAGGUGCCUGUCUCCAUUUUAUGGCCUCAACAAACUACGUGCUGUGCCCCAGUUCUCGUCAGAGAUCCCUGAAAAAGAACGUCUUCCCAUCCAUUAACAUACCUGGAAAGAUACUGGAACUCCUUAUUAAACAAUCAGUUUGUCAGCACCUACAGGACAAUUUGGUUCUUAGGACUAGUGAGCAUGGACUUGUCAAGAACAAAUCAUUCCAAACAAAUCCUAGCUCCUUCUUUGGCAGGGUUACGGGCCUAGUGGAGGUGGGUAAACAGUAGAUGUGAUCCAUCUUGGUGUUAAUAAGGACAUUCUCACAAACAAACUAGGGAGAUGUGGUCUAGAUGCAAUUAGUAUAAUAUGUGUGCACAGAUGGUUGAAAGCCCGUACUCCAACAGCCCAGAACCAAACACUCCUCCUCCUGGGCAGUGUGCUCUGACCUCUAAUGGUCAGAUGCUGCUUAGCACUGUCAGAGCAGCUUUUGCUGGGGGAUUCUCCCAGCACUUUCCAAUAGUGGGAAAGUAUGAAAUCCCCAUUUGACUGCUGGGGACAGAGCCUAGAGCGGGGAGCAACUUGCCCAAAGUCCCACAGGUCAAUAGGAAACCAGCAAUGUCCAGUGUGGCCCGAAUCUCACACGCUCCUUUGUCUCCUUUGGGUCUCACAGGAGCUCAUUGAGGAGCUGCCUGAUAACUCUCCACCCGGCGCCGUCCUUGCUAACUCCCUGAUUGCUGUGGGCAACCUCAGCACCAUGACACCUGCUGUGGAGCCAGAGCUGGAGACCCACCUCCUUCGAGCUGCCCUGCACGCCGUCUUCACCCUGGGCAUGGAGAAGGACACCGCCCAAGUGCAGGAUCUGCCUAGGGUCUUGCCAGACCUCCUGGACGCCAUGCUGGGGAACCUGCUGGCAGAGUCCCCAGACACCGACAGGCUCCAGUACAUCUUGGAGCACAUUAACUACUGGAUCGUGUCCAGGGUGCCGCGAGAGAGAGCCAGGGCCGUUAAGAGCAGCACGGCCCUGCUCAGAUUCACCAUCACCCUCCCUGAGUUUGACAACUCAGCGGAAUUCCCCAGGAUGGGUCACCACAUGGCACAGCUGGCUCUGUCCGUCAGUGACCCAGCCAAGGACAUCAGCCGGCAGGCCAGGGAUGGGGUUUACCGGCUCUACCAGCUGCUGCUGCACCAGAGGGAUAAGGAACCCAGCUGGGAAAUGGCACCCGCUAGAAGAGUGAGACUGGGACCCCAGCCAAUUUCUCUCAGACUGACCCCGGCUGGAGGAUGAGUCUCUCUAUCUCUUUCUGUGUUCCACACCACGCCCUGCAAUUCUGUUGGGCCAGGCACGCAGCGAGGACUCUGCCCACUGUGCAGCCACCAAUGGGAUUGGAAGGACACAAGCCCUGCAACCAGAAGGACAAAUGUGUGUGUCUCUCUCUCCCUGUCACCUACUCCCUCCUGGGGGAAACCCAGCAGCUGAUGGGGGAAAAGUUGAGCAGCUGCAUUAGACUCAGGAGAUUGGGGCGGGGCCCAGGCCUCAUUCCCAUCCUGUGGCCAUUCGCUGGCCUGGCACAAGGAGCCUGGUGGGGAAUGAAAGGGAGAGCAGGUGCUCCUGGGAAGGGAGAUGAAUUCACCUCCAUGAGCAGGAGCGAGCCAGCUUGUCUCCGGAGCAGCUCCACCCAGCUCUUUAGCCAGGUUAAUUAAUGACAAGCUUUGCCUCAUCCCAGACUUAUGUUCUUAGGACAGGGUGCUAUCGCUCUUGGGAAGGGCAGGAGAGUCCCCCAAGUGCCCUCUGCGAGACUCUCCUGUCCCACAGGGCCGCACCCAAUUCCUAGUGGUCUGGUGUCUGUGUCACCCGAGCCACCAUCCAGAGUUGCUCCCAUCACUGGCAGCCUGGGAGGCCAAGGACUGACGGGUGAUGGCGUCUGACCAGGCAAGGCUGAGGCACAUGGGCAGGGGACGCUUGUCCUGCUGCUGGCAAGGCUAGACCCCUUCUGGAGAGAACAGGAGGAUUCAGUCAGCAGUAGGGUUACCAUGUCUAAUAAAUAAAAAAAGAGGACCCUCCAUGGGCCCUAGCCCCGCCCCUUUCCCCACCCCUAGCCCCGCCCCAACUCCACCCCUUCCCCGCCCUAACUCAGCCCCCUCCUUCCUCCCACUCCCAGCCAUGGGGAAAGGGCUGCCCCAGCGCUACCGGCUUCACGGUUUGCCAGGCAGCCCCCAGACCCUGCGCCCCCGGCUGGCGCUUCCCCAGCGCAGCUGGAGCCCGGGAAGGGAAGUGCCUGGCCAGCGGCUGGGGGUCCGGAGGCAGGGGGGGCUGCCCGAAGCCGGUAGCGCUGGCUCGGGCAGCUCGGCUCUUAAAGUCUGAGAGGGGAGGAGCGGAGCAGCUCAGCUGGAGCCCGGGAAGGGAAGUGCCUGGCCAGCGGCUGGGGGUCCGGAGGCAGGGGGGGCUGCCCGAAGCCAGUAGCGCUGGCUCGGGCAGCUCGGCUCUUAAAGUCUGAGAGGGGAGGAGCAGAGCAGAGCAGCCGCGGGAGGGGAAGUGCCCGGCCGGCAUUUUCCCGGACAUGUUUGGCUUUUUGGCAAUUCCCCCCGGACGGGCGUUUGAUUGCCGAAAAGCAGGACAUGUCCGGGAAAAACCGGACGUAUGGUAACCCUAGUCAGCAGGGGCUGCCGAUCCGUCCCAUUCACCAGGGCUGCCAUCCUACGG